UUUUUGAGAGGCGGCGCCCUGAGGGAGGAAGGCAGGCAGGUCGGAAGGAGGGCUGAGGGGAAGGCCUUCCUUCGGAGAUGGGCGUCCCGAGGCGCAGGACGGCCUCCCCGCGCUGAACGGACCGCGAGGGGCCAUGGCUGUGUCCAGCACCUCCAGGGACCCGCUGGGCCCCGAGGUCAGCGACGAGGCCGUCCGGAGCACCUGCGACGACGCCUCCCAGUGCAAGCGGUACGCUGUCAACAUGGGCUACUGGAAGGAUCCUUACAUACAACAUUUUGCAAGGCACCCCAAAGAAAGAAAGGCACCGGAAAUCAGUCGAGGGUAUUAUGCCCGUGUCGAAGGAGUUACCCGCUUGGUGAAGGCUUUCUUACAGAAAACUGAUCGCAACUGCCAAAUCAUUAACCUUGGGGCUGGCAUGGACACCCUUUUUUGGAAAUUAAAGGAUGAGGAUCUGCUUCCUGGGAAAUACUUUGAAAUUGACUUUCCAACCAUAGCCACAAGGAAAAUCCACACCAUCAAAUCCAAGCCUUCCCUGUCACAACCAAUCAUGGAGAGCCAUUCAGGGGAGUCUUUCUUAAUAGAUUCCCACAGCCUGGACUCCACCCGCUAUGCCAUCAUUGGCGCAGACCUCCGCGAACUCCACAAGCUAGAGGAAGCCAUGAAGAAAUGCGGCCUGGACCCAGAGCUACCGACGCUCCUGAUGGCCGAAUGUGUGCUGGUUUAUAUGGCCCCCGAAAACUCGGACGCUCUCCUCAGAUGGGUAGCCGACGUCUUCCCAACCGCCAUGUUCAUAAACUACGAGCAGGUGAACAUGAGUGACCGCUUUGGACAGAUUAUGAUUGAUAACCUUCAGAGCCGGAAGUGCAGCCUGAUCGGCGUGGAGGCCUGCCUGUCGCUGGACACCCAGAGGCAGCGCUUCCUGCAGAACGGCUGGGAGGGGGCACACGCCAUGGACAUGGUGGAAGUCUACAAUGCCCUGCCGCCCGAAGACGUCAAACGGAUCGAGGCCCUCGAAUUCCUGGAUGAGAAAGAACUUCUGGAGCAGCUCAUGCUUCACUACUGUCUCUCCUGGGCCACCAAAGACGCCCAGGAUUUGGGUCUCUUGGAGAUCACCCUGUAACGCCUUUUGUGCCACUUGAAGCUGAUGCUCCUCCUUCACUGACAGCACUUUUGGGAAAAAAACACCUACGGCGGGGUCUUUUCAGGUGCGGCCCUCUCACUCACUUCCGCACUGAAACACCCGGCGGCCCCGUUUUUGUGUCUGAAUAAAAGGACCGGCUUUUGGUCGGCAGCCAAGGGCUGGAAGACGCUCUUUUGUAAGGACUUGUAGGAUGUUUUUUUCUCAUUUUUCUCUUGUUUCCUUAAGUUAUUGUGAAGUGUGAGCAAAAGGAGGAUCUGGUGUCCCUGUCUCGCUGCAGAGUGGACUAGGAGGGGCGGAAGGAUCCGUUGGGUGGCAUGGCUGCCACAAGAUGACCAUGUUGGGUCCAUCCCCCCUCUGUGUGCCUCCGGAAGGGCAACCCCAUUCUCCUGCUGUUUACCAUUUGGCAUUUGACCAGGCCUCUCCCUCUAUCCUUGAAGCACCCUCUCCUCCAGCCUCUCCAUCAAGUGUUAAUAAACAGUGGGGCUUUUUUGUAA